AUGCCACACCGCGACACGGAUCUCUUCCAAUACACCAGUGGUCGUUGGCUAUGGGACGAGGAGCAGCAACUUCGAGAGCGAUUCUCGCCUUUCAAUGUGCCUGAGUUGCAGAAAAUUGCAGCGCAAAGUGUUGGAGCAGAUACAUGUACCGCAAUUACAAAAUUGGCCGAAGGAUCAUUCAACAAAACUUUCAGACUUCAAAUGGAUAAUGGAUUAUCUGUGAUUGCAAGAAUACCUCAUCCUAUUGCUGGGCCUAAAUACUACACUACGGCGUCUGAAGUUGCAACGAUGGAAUUCGCCCGUACAAUCCUCGGAAUACCAACACCCCAAGUAUAUGCUUGGAAUGCUAAUGUGAAUAAUCCUGUCGGUUCCGAGUAUAUCAUAAUGGAAGAAGCCUCCGGUACCAAGCUGGACGAUAUUUGGGAAGUUAUCUCCCUUGAAGAGAAGAUAGAGAUCAUGAAGGAUCUUGUCCAACUAGAGAAAAAGAUGCUCCAAGUGCCACUCAAUAACUAUGGAAGUUUAUACUUUGCGAGUACUAAUAUCAAAGGUGCCACGCCAGUAGACAUAUGUGCGGAUGUAUCUUCGGAGCUCAAGGACAAGAUUAAUCGCCGAUUUGUCAUUGACCCAGUCGCAGAAAGACACUACUGGUUAAAAGAGCGUGCAGAGAUGGCUUUGGAUCGUGGACCGUGGAAACAACCGCAGGAUUAUGUUCUCUCUCUGGCCCAUCGAGAAGAGGCAUGGAUCCAGAAAUAUGCAACACCAAGACCCAAGGACGACGCGCUAUAUCUUAAAGUGGCACCUUAUCUUCUCCCAGACGCUCCUGCAGUAGUUGCACCAUACAUUUGGCAUACAGAUCUACAUGCUGGAAACAUCUUUGUCCAAAAGGGAAAAAUUUCCAGUGUUAUAGACUGGCAGGGUCUGUGGGCAGCACCGUUGAUACUUCAAGCACGCCAUGCAAGACUAGUUGAUUAUGAUGGGGAAGUUAUUUUGAAAGCCCCAGCAAAUUUUAAAGAUCUUGAACCAGCAGAAAAGACUCGAAUUAGAGGCAUUAUGAUCCUUCGAUUUGAUCACGGCAGGAUACGGUGCGAACCAAUCCUGUUUGUGGGUGACACAUGGGAUGAUGAUAUCAUUCCCUUGCGAGAAUCAUUGAUAAGGCUCGAGAGAAGCUGGAAUGAGUUGGGAUUCAAUUUUCCAUGCCCUAUCCAUUUUACAAAGGAUGACCUCCAUAUUCAUGCAGAAGAAAGUGACGGGUGGAAUGAUGUUCAGGAGUUUUGGGACUCUGUUGCGCAUAUAGUAUCGAGAGAUGGUUGGACACCGCAUCAUUUAUAUGACGAUGCCAUUUCUCUUUUUACGGAGCUACGAGAUAUUGGCCUGAAAGCUAUGGUGGGCAAGGAGAGAGACGCAUUCGAAAAACAGACGCAGUGGGUGAAGAAGCAUUAA